AUGAGUUGCCACACUGGAGGUGACGAUGGAGACAUCUGCGGAUGGGCCAGUUCAAUGCUGGUACACGGCAAAAAUGACAUCACGGCAGUGACGUCACGAGUACAACAGUUUGUAGAGGAAAGGAUGCAGACCACAAUGCUCACAGGUGUACUGAUAGGUGCCGCCGUUGCAGUCACAAUGAUUGGAAUUGUGGUGCUUUUCUUGUACAGGAGGUACAAGCAUGCCCGUGAACAGCAGCCUGGUGUACCUCAUUAUCGCUUCAGAAAACGAGAUAAAGUGCUCUUCUACGGCCGAAAAAUCAUGCGCAAGGUCCAGACUUUGUCCUCAAUUCCUCCUCCUUCUUCAUCAUCUAACUCCGUGUCAAAGCAACCACAGCGUGUGCGCAAGAGAACCAAAGUUCUUAGCAUUGCUCGCAAAAUCCUUCGCAUCCGUAAAGAUCCGCCUACACUACAGCCUAAAGAACCGCCGCCCUCACUGCUAGAGGCUGACCUGACUGAGUUUGACGUGCAGAGCUCAAAUCUGCCCUCUGAGGUGCUCUAUAUGCUGAAGAAUGUCAGAGUCCUGGGACACUUUGAUAAACCCCUCUUCCUCGAGUUGUGUCGCCACAUGGUAUUUGUUGAGCUGCAGGAGGGUGAAGGUCUUUUCAAGCCUGGAGAUGAUGAUGACAGCAUUUACGUAGUCCAGGAUGGGCGACUUGAGCUCUGCAUUUUUGAGAGUGAUGGUACAGAAGUAGUGGUGAAGGAUGUUCUUCCAGGCGAUAGCGUACACAGCUUACUCAGUAUUCUGGACAUCAUCACAGGUUUUCCAGCUCCUUAUAAGACAGUAUCGGCACGUGCAGCCACCCGCUCUACCAUCUUACGUUUACCUGCAUCCGCCUUUGAGUCUGUGUUCAAAAAAUACCCUGAGACACUUGUGCGUGUCAUUCAGAUCAUAAUGGUGCGUCUCCAAAGAGUCACCUUCUUGGCAUUACAUAACUACUUAGGCCUUACAACCGAGCUCUUCAAUCCGGAGAGUCAUGCAGUGCCUUUGUCCAACGUCAACAGCGUGGCGAGUGAGGCAAUAACGGGCAAAACAAUUCGCCGUUUGCACUUUCAGGAUGAGUUUACUGUGGGGACUGAAGAGAGCCCUCCAGAGACGGAUGGUGUAAAGGAUAGUCCUUCAAACAGCCACAGGAAGCAGAAAUCCAUCUCGAUACUCCCCGACAGCGCAGGCGAUAUGACCAUGGCAUGCGAACGGGCUCGGGUCAACAUAGAUGAGACUCCGCCCAGUCCUGCUACUCAGAAGUCUAGUCUCAAGAAGAGUGUGACCAUGCAGCAUACGCCCUCUGAGGUGUUUCACUACACGGACAGCGGAGGGCAGUCUGACGCCAUCCACCUCAGCAAGAGUGGAACUAUCUUCCAGGCUGCUAAGAAAGACCUGCUUGAAAUUAUCCAGUUGCAGGAUCCAAGCCUACUUGAGGGAAGAGUGACCCUGCACCAAGUAAAAGCUGGUUCUGUGGUGGCUCGUCAGGGAGAUCAGGAUGUCAGCAUUCAGUUUGUGAUUUCGGGCCUUCUUCAUGUUUACCAAAGAAUGAUUGACCGCGAGGAAGACACCCGUCUUUUUGUGACGCAUCCUGGAGAGCUUGUUGGGCAGCUUGCAGUCCUGACCGGAGAGCCCCUCAUAUUUACUGUCCGUGCUCAGCGAGACUGCAGUUUCCUCUCUAUUUCCAAAACCCAUUUCUAUGAGAUAAUGCGAGUGGAGCCAAAAGUAGUACUUAACGUCGCACACGCGGUGGUGAGGAGGAUGUCUUCUUUCGUCAGACAGAUUGACUUUGCACUCGAUUGGAUGGCCGUGGAAGCCGGCAGGGCUGUCUACAGGCAGGGAGAGAAAUCCGACAGCACUUUCAUCGUGCUCAGUGGACGACUGCGCUCUGUAAUUUUGAAGGAGGAUGGGAAGAAGGAGUUGAUAGGAGAGUAUGGACGCGGUGACCUGAUUGGAGUGGUGGAGGCCCUAACCCAUCAAAACAGAGCCACCACCGUCCAUGCUGUUAGAGACUCUGAGCUUGCAAAACUGCCCGAAGGCGCCCUAAGCUCUAUCAAGAGGAAGUUCCCGCAGGUUGUUACCAGACUCAUCCACUUGCUUGGACAGAAGAUCCUUCAGCAGGUUAAUCUUCCUCUGACAGGUCGCAGUUUGGCGCUGCACACCCCUGGCAGUAAAUGGGACGCAGGCAACCAGGCGUCCAACCUCUCCACAGUGACAGUCCUACCCGUCUCUGAAGAGGUGCCGCUCACUGCUUUUACCCUGGAGCUGCAGCAUGCACUCCUUGCAAUAGGUCCCACUCUUCUGUUGACCAGCGAUAUAAUUAAGCAACGCCUUGGAGCUGCAGCGCUAGACAGUGUUCAUGAAUAUCGUCUGUCCAGCUGGUUGGGCCAACAGGAAGACAUUCAUCGCAUAGUUCUUUAUCAAACAGAUUACACACUGACACCCUGGACUCAGCGAUGCAUUCGUCAGGCCGAUUGCAUCAUCAUUGUGGGCUUAGGCGAGCAGGACCCAGCCGUCGGAGAGCUGGAACGCAUGCUGGAAGGAAGUGCUGUGCGUGCCCAGAAGCAGCUGGUACUGCUGCACAAAGAAGAUGGCCCACCUCCAAAGGGUACUGUGGACUGGCUUAACAUGCGGAGCUGGAUCUCGAGACACCUCCAUCUUUCAUGUCCACGACGGGUCUUCUCGAAGAGGAGUCUGCCCAAACUGUUGGAGCUGUAUCAACGUGUAUUUGAGAAGCCACCAGACCGCCACGCAGAUUUCUCCCGACUAGCCCGAGUCCUCACGGGGAAUGCCAUUGCCCUCGUCUUGGGUGGAGGCGGAGCCAGAGGUUGUUCCCAGGUGGGGAUUGUCCGAGCUCUCUGUGAAGCUGGCAUACCCGUCGAUCUCAUUGGCGGCACUUCUAUCGGUUCCCUGUUGGGGGCGCUCUAUGCCGAAGACCGCAGCCAUAGCCGCAUGAGGAUGAGAGCCCGAGAAUGGUCAAUGGAAAUGACUUCGGUGUUCAAGAAGGUUUUAGAUUUAACAUAUCCGGUCACCUCAAUGUUCUCUGGCGCGGCUUUCAACUCUAGCAUCAGCAAUGUAUUCAAGGGCAAACAAAUUGAGGACCUUUGGAUUCCAUAUUUCAAUAUAACAGCUGACAUUAGUGCCUCUGCAAUGAGAGUGCACACUGAUGGUUCUUUAUGGAGGUAUGUCCGUGCAAGCAUGUCCCUUUCAGGGUAUCUGCCCCCUCUCUGUGACCCAAAAGAUGGACAUCUGCUAAUGGACGGAGGCUACAUUAACAACCUGCCAGCUGAUGUGGCACGCUCAAUGGGAGCCAAAGUUGUGAUAGCAAUUGACGUGGGCAGCCGUGAUGAAACCAACCUCACUAAUUAUGGGGACUCUCUGUCAGGUUGGUGGCUGCUAUGGAAACGCCUCAACCCCCUGGCAGAGAAAGUCAAGGUGUUGAACAUGGCGGAGAUUCAGACUCGCUUGGCCUAUGUGUGCUGCGUUCGACACCUGGAGUCUGUGAAAAACAGUGACUACUGCGAGUAUAUCCGACCUCCCAUUGACCGAUACCGGACAUUGGAGUUUGGGAAGUUCGAUGAGAUUGCAGAGGUCGGAUACCAGCACGGCAAGACUGUGUUUGAUGUGUGGCGUCGCAGUGGAGUGGUGGAGAAAAUGCUGAAAGACAGACACCAGGAAGAGUUUCACAACACGCAAUGCAAGAAUAAUGUGUUGACGUGCCCAAACGCUUCCUUCACUGACUUGGCUGAAAUUGUUUCCCGGAUUGAGCCUGUCAAACCUGCCCUGGUGGAUGAAGAGUCAGACUACCACACUGACUAUGACGAGGAGGCAGUGGAGAGCGCACUGUCUGACCUGGAGCUAUACGGUCACUAUGGAGAGCAUACUGAAGGGGAGGAGACUGCGGACACGGAUGAAGAGCUGGAUGAAAGAAGUACCCGACCUGCCAAUGCAGGCACCAGCCACGAACAGUCACUGAACAUCUCAACCAACCAGGAGGUAGUUUCCAAAGGACCCAUCAAGUGA